GCAAAUCAGGAGAAAUUACAAAGGGGAGGAGUUCACCUUCCUGGCUAUGGCUUUCAGGUCUGUCCAGGACUACUUACUCCAGUAUAAAACUGAGAGCAGAAAUAUGAUCACAUACUAAGAAGUCUAAUCAAUUCUGGUUUCAACACUGAGCCUAUUUAAAAUAGAUAAUGGAAUUGCUGUUCCUUGUUCUGUUCUCUCUGCACAUUCUCAAGACAGAGGCAGUAGUUGGAGGCCAUUGGUGCUAUCAGUCACAGAAGUAUGAACAGCCACACUGUGAAGAUCCUCGGCAAUGGCAUCUAAUAGAUGUCACCUGCAAAGGGAACAAACAGUCACCUAUCAAUAUUGUCACCAAAAAUGUUGUUUAUGAGAAGGACCUUAAGCCACUGAAUUUUGAAGGAUAUGAUGUGAAGGGGUCUUCAAAAUGGAACAUAGAAAAUAACGGACAUACAGUUAAAGUAACAUUAAGCACAACCCCUAAAAUUGGAGGUGGAGGCCUGGGAAGAAAAUACAAGGCGAUAGAAUUUCAUUUGCACUGGGGAGUCCAAGGUGUGCAGCAAUACCUUCCUGGGUCAGAGCACAGCAUAGAUGGAGAAAAACAAGCCAUGGAGCUUCAUAUUGUCCACAUACGAGAUGAUGUUUCGGAUAUAAAAGAAGCGAAGAAAAAUCCAGCCGGCGUGGCCGUGUUAGCGUUCUUUAUAAAGGUUGAAGAAGAAAAUAAAAACUUUGCACCUCUAAUAAACGAAUUAGAGAAUAUUAAAUACAAAGGGAAAACAGCACAGAUGGAGCCUUUGCCACUCAGUUCUCUACUUCCACCUGAGGAAGACCUUGCAAAGUACUAUCGGUAUGAGGGCUCCCUCACCACUCCCGACUGCCAUGAGGGCGUCAUCUGGACAGUCUUUGAGAAGCCAAUUGAACUCAGUAUUUCUCAGAUUUCUCAAUUCUCAACAGUUCACUUUGACGGGAAGAACUCAACAACCAUGGUUGAAAAUUUCCGGCCUGUUCAGUUUCUGAACGAACGAAAGGUGUACUGGUCCAGUGCCAGCACCCUCCUGCCUACUGCUAAGGUUUUAACGUUGGUCCUGAUCCUUACCUACACCCUGAGUUCUCUUUUCCAAUGAACACUUCUCACCUCAUUCAAGGUUCUGGGCUUUUUGGAGGGUUUUUUGUUGUUGCUGUUGGGUUUUUUUUGUACCAAGUAUUCUCUCUAACUAUCAGUUCAUGAAUCACAUCUGAAUACAUAAUUUAACCUUCUCCUCCUCCAGACAGUAACCAAGGACUUCUGUUGCUGCUCUUGUAUAAAAUGAAACCCAUUGCACUAAAUCACAGGAGUUCAAAGGAACUGUGAGAUAAAGCUAUGAAGAUUCAAAAUUGAAAAAACACUUAAACGGUAGGAUGGCUUAUCGGCAAACCUGUAGUUCUAACACAAUGCUGGAAGGACACUUUACAAGCUAUACAGAAGACCUUGAAGAGGAAUCUGUUCUUAAGUGCCUAUGGACGGUUUUGUUUGGAGCAUGUUUACAUUCAACACUGCAAAUCAGGAAGACAGUAACACGUGGAGUAAUUCUUACCAUCCCUGUAUUGUCCUACAUGUGAAGGUACAAUACAGAGCAAAGAAAAAAUGCUCACAAACAAUUGAGCAACAUCUGGGUCAGCCUACCUAGUGAAGGAUAUGUGACAAAUUUCAGCUGUACCACUAUUUCCCCCCCUUCUGCCAUCAGAAUAUCUAAAGUUAAUUUUUUAGAUAAAGACACUGGGUUUCUUUAAUCUGAUCUACUGAUUCUGGAUUUCAGGUUUCUCUAUUAAGCCUAUUUAUUCAAUCUAGCACAGCAUCCUGCUCUGGGAUGCCCACAGCCGAUACGAUGCGCUAUUAAAAAUGGGAAGCUCAACUACAUAUACCUGUUGCACGUGUGUGGAGAUUCCCGCACUUUGGAGGGCUGCAUGUGAAGCAUGAGACUUUGCAUAAUAAAAUGGGACAGCUCAAGAUACGGGUCUUUCCAGUAUCACAUCUUAGAAGGUUUUAAAUUUCAGUUUGAACAUUUCAGUCUGAACAUUUCUAUACACUUUUUCUUUCUUUUUUUUUUUUAAUAAAAACAUACCUGCAAAAUGUUCA